AUGGCUCCGACCCAGGAGGAACUUCUGUAUAAAGCUCUAUCGUACUUGCCUCGCCCUCGCUACCCGUUCCCAAACCAAGUCAGCCAGCAUAUUGACAAUCUGGCAUCGGAAUAUUACCAUUGGAUCGACGCCGACUGUGACUUUCGUUCCCAGUCUGCUCGCACUGCGUAUAAGCGACACAGGCUAAGCGACAUUGCCGCCCGCGCAUUUCCAUCGCUGACUCUGGAGGAGCUGCGACCAGUGGCACGCUUCACGUCAAGCUUGGCCAUCAUCGACGACUUCUUAGACAAGGCGGACGCUGGCGAGCUCGAGCAAGUCUGCCACAGAACCACAGCACUUCUUCUUGGUGUAGAUGAGAAGGAAUCGCCUUACGAGGGAUUCUUUCGCCAGGUGUACCUGCUGCGGAAAGAUGCCCUCGCGUGCGGGAUGCCUCUGCAUCUGUACCAACAAUUCGUCGACUCCAUUGUAGGACUGUUGAUGGGCUAUGGCGCAGAGAAGCAACACAAUGCAGCUAAUACGGCGCCACCGCUCAAUGAGUACACCACGCUCCGUCGGCAAACAUCUGGUGGGCUCUGCUAUGCGAAGUACCUAUGCAUGCAAAAGAACUAUCGUCUCCUGCCUGACGAUGUGCUGCGGCACCCGGCCAUUCUCCGGAUGCACGAGUUGGCAAGCCUCCUUAUCGGCUACCACAACGACUUCAUCUCGCUUCCGAAGGAGCUUGCCCGCGGCGGCGACGUGGUCAACCUCGUUAUGGUCGUCCAGCGCGAGUAUGGGCUGAGCACGCUGUCGCAGGCCUGGGUACGAGCCCUGGCCAUCCACGACGAGACCCUCAGCGAAUUUACCCGGCUACAAGAGAGUUUACCCGAUUUUGGUCCCUGGCAGCAGACGGCCAACGAAUACGCGGCUGAUCUGGGCGUCAUGGUGCAGGGUGUCUACAUGUGGCACACAAACAAGACGGGACGCUAUGUUCCAGGUGCGUAUGUUGAGCCAGUCAAUUGCCCGGAGGCGGCGCGAAUGGAGAGCAAACAAGGCAGGGGCGCAUCACAAGGAAAAGACCAAUAA